GGGAGAGUGUGUGGGUGUUGAAGUUGACAGAAAUUAACUUUAUCAACUUUUGUUAAACUUUUAUAAAAUUAAUGGCGCCAGUAUUUAUUUUAAAAAAUUAGAAGUUUUUAUACACCAAAAUGAAAUGGCAUAUAAUACGUUUAGUUUGUAUCUAUUUAGUGAAUUUUGGAGUUUCUUCGUCAGUGAACCGGGCAGACUAUGGCGAAAUAAGGUUGUUCCAGACGCCGGUAUCCUAUAACGUCGAUAUGACGGUGCUCCUGAACGAUGUUUCCCGAAGGGACAAAGAGAUCAGCUACAAAGUGAAGACCGAUCUUAACGUGUACCCUGUAUGGAACGAUUCUGAAUUCGAAUUCUUACUAAAGUUUGAGCUAGUGUCGCCUCAGUUGCUGUCAAGAGGUAAACAUAUCAGCGCUGAGUACAUGGCCAUGAAGUCAGUCUGGGAUACAUACUCCCAUUCCUCUUUUUACGCUCACUGGAAGGACGGACUCAUCCAAACCGCCUAUUUGGAUCCAAAUGAAUUAAUAGAUAUUCAGAAUUUCAAAAGAUCGCUACUGAGUUUAUUCCAGAUACAAGCUUUCGAUGGAGAGCGGCAGGAGACAGAUAUAUCAGGAACUUGCGACAUACUAUACGAGACCCUCUCCAUGAAUGUCAUCAGAAAGAUUAAGCGGCGAUGCGGCGCGCCCGAGUGGUCGCCCGACGGCCUCGACUCGGUGCAGUCGCGGCGCCUCACGCGCUUCACGCUGAGCGACGCGCUGGAUGCGCUGGACGAGCUGCACGCCGAGGAGCUGCACGAGAUGGACGCGCUCAAAGCGCGCGUGUGGCUGCGCGCGCGCCGAGCGCUGCCCGCGCCCGCCGCCGCCGCGCGCGCCGCCUCGCUCGCCGCCGCGCUGGGCGCGCUGCCCGCCGCGCUGGCGCCCGCCGCGCUCGCCGCGCCGCCGCCGGCCGCCUCGGGGGGCGCGGACGACGACGUGGCGCAGGCGCUGCAGGCGGCGCGGGAGGCGCGGGGCGCGGGCGCGGGCGCGAGCGGGGACGCGCGCGGCGCGCGGGCGGCGCUGCGGCUGCUGCGGGCGCUGCGCCGCGCGCCCCCCGCGCCCCUCGCGGCGCUGCUGCACGACCACGCCGAGCCCGACCUGCUGGAGACGCUCUGCGAGGCGCUCGGGCUCGUGGGCUCGGCGGCCACGCACUCGGCCGUCGCGCCCUUCCUGCGGCUGCGCUCGCCCGACGUGACGCCCCACCUCGCGCGCCGCUACCUCGCCGCGCUCGCACUCGCGCCGCACCCGCAGGAGUCCGUGAUAGAGGACGUCCUCCGGGCGGCCGAGGAGGUGAACGAGGCGAGCAUAGUCGAGAGCGCGCUGCUGGCGGCCGCCGCCGCCGCCUCGCGCCUGCCGUCCGAGCCCAUCGCCAGCGUCGUGCGCGACUCGCUCGCCAGGAGCCUCGCCAAGUGCAAGGACGACGAGUGUCGUCGGGUGAGGAUACAUGCGCUCGGCAACCUGCGACGCGACGACACGGUGGAGUCCCUGCUGGAGCACGCGGAGCGCGGCGCCGGGCCCGCGGCGCUCGCGGCGCUGGACGCGCUGGAGGGCGUGGCCGCGGCGCUGGCGACGCCGGAGCGGGUGCUGCGCCUGGAGCGCCUGGCGCUGGACGGGCGCGCGCUGGAGGUGCGCGCGGCGGCCCUCGACCUGCUGCUGCGCUGCAGCGCCGUCGCGCCCUUCAGCUUGCCGCGCACGCUGCUGGCGCUGCACGAGCGCGGCCCCCCCGAGCUGCUGCGCCUCGCCUGGCAGCGUCUGCGCGCUCUCGCCGUCGACCACGAGCACGUUCGCAAGUUGCUCCGUAUGCUGCCGCUUCGGCUGCGAGGAUGGGACGCGCAAGCUCUGGCCGGAACGUCGUCGGUGCUCGUGCGCGAGGCCGGCGCGGGCGGCGGCUGGCGGGCGCUGCUGGAGUCGGUGCAGGUGGCGCGCGGCGGGCUGCUGCGGCGCGGGCGCGUGCGCCUGCUGGCGCUGUCGCCCGCCAACGUCACGGACGAUACCCUGAGCGUCGAGAUCUGGACCCGAGGACUGGAAGCGUUCGCCGGAGAUACGACGAAGGAAACUUCGAGUGAGGAGGAGGGCGAGUCGGAGUCGACGAGUGGCGGUCUCGCUCUGGGCGUCGGAGGCCUCCGUGCGCAUACAUUCACACUGUUCUCCGGGCAGGCGGAGCUGCUGGGGCACGUGUGGGCGGGCACCGGCAGCGAACCGACGCCCGUGCUGCGCGCCCUGCGGCCGGUGGGCGGCGCGGAGGUGGCGCUCCCGCUGCUCGGCGGGGCGCCGCUGACGUACAGACACGAGGCGCUGGUGUCGCUGGCUCUGGACGCGCAGGCGCAGGUGUCGCUGUGGUCGCGCAGUGCGCGCUCGCAGCUGGAGCUGCGCGGGGCGGUGGUGGCGGAGGGCGAGGCGCGCGUGGACACGGCGUGGGGCUCGCUGACGGCCGAGGCGGCGGACGAGGCGGAGCCGAGGCUGAGCAUCUCCGCCGAUCUCGACUUCUACGACGGCGUCGAGCUGUGCGUGCGCGUGGACGUGGCGGAAUACGAGCGCAGCGCGGCGGUGGCGCUGCGCUCGGCGCUGGGCGCGCGGGGCGCGGGCGGCGCGGGGGGCGCGAGGGGCGCGCGGAGCGUGCGGCGCGCGGCGCGGCGGCGCUGGCCGGCGGCGGGCCGCACGCUGGCGCUGGGCGCGCCCAACGACGCCAGCUGCCGCGCGCUGGGCGCCGCGCCCGAGUAG